UUCUACGCGCCCGCGUUGUCUUACCCGCGCCACCCUCGUCCAGUAUUCUUUGGUCGCACUGCCCUUGUCCAGUAUUCUUCAAUCGCACUGCCCCUGUCCAGUAUUUUUCAGUCGCACUGCCCCUGUCCAGUAUUUUUCAGUCGCACUGCCCCUGUCCAGUAUUUCUCUGUCCAGUAUUUUUCAGUCGCACUGCCUUUGUCUAGUAUUCUUCAAUCGCACUGCCCUCGUUCAGUAUUCUUGAGUCGCACUGCCCUUGUCUAGUAUUCUUCAAUCGCACUGCCCUCGUCCAGUAUUCUUUAGUCACCCGUAUGGCUUCCUGCGAUACCACCAGCUUAUUGGAGCAGAUCGAGGCGAACAUUCUGGCCAGGGAUGAUACACCAUUUGACGAAAUUAAUGAGCAUCUGAAAAAACUCCAAGCGCUCGCCGAUGUGUACAGUACGUUUGUAUCAACUGCUCAUACACUGACGGACCAUGCUCAAGAUCACAUACUCCCGCAAAAGCUAGCAUUGAGGGUUAAGAAGAUGAUCAAGUUUACGUUUGGAGACCCAAGCCGCGCUGCAGAUUCCGACAAAGUAAGGAGUGCGCGACUGCGAAAGCUUGACUGUAACGCGUUGAAGUUCUGUGGACUGGCAUACAAGGUUAACGAAGUAUGCCUACUUUCCGAGCUACACUUCGAUCUGCUUCUCGAAAAAGUUACUGAAUUUGUCUGUACUCGAGGACUCAUAGAGUAUCUAUACCGGGACGACAUCAGCAAGGCUGUCACGACGCAAUUGAACCUGGCAGACGAGGAAAGGGAUCGAGAAUAUCAGAAAUUCUUGAUUGCAAACAUCAGCUCAAGACCGCUGAAAAGGUCGCGUGCAACAUAUGACGGCAGCGGCACUUAUUCCACUACCGUCGUACCGAAUGAAUCACCAUCUAAACGGCAGAAAACUGUGACUGGGUCUUGCCUCUUCGAGUCCUAUCUGGGUUCCGAGGUUUUCGUGUUGACCAUGCAUCAAGUCGAGGAGAUCAUUCAGUCGGGUCGAUUUGGUAGUGAUAUACGGUUGAUAGUGCCAAUUUACCUGGAGACCCCGCCAUUCAUCACAAUUCCGAUAGCUAAUGAUGUAGCUAUACAUCACAUGACAACAAGGCUAGCAGGGACGUCAUGAAG